AUGGUUCAGUUUGCCAAGAAGCUCGCGGCGGCCCAGCGACCGGAAUGGACCGGGCACUACCUCGAGUACAAGCAGCUCAAGAAGAAGCUCCGCACGGUGCUGCAGGCCCAGCGCGGGGCCACGCGCGCCGAGCAGGAGAAGUUCAAGCACGCGCUGGACUCGGAAGUCGAGCGCGUGGUGCUCUUUUUCCUGACGAAACAGGGCCACUUUGCUACGACGCUGCAGGACCUGCGCGCGCAGCAGCUCGAGCUCGCGCCGGGCGACCUCGCGGCCAUGCACGACCUUGCCGACAAGUACCGCCGCGUGGGCGACGACCUCGUGCAGCUGCUGUACUUUGUCGCGCUCAAUGCCACUGGGAUCCGCAAGAUCCUCAAGAAACACGACAAGACGCUCAAGGAGUACAAGAUCAUGGGGUCGUACCUGUCGUCCCGCACGGACUCGCAGGCCUCGCACAUGCAGCAGCUGUACCAUGACGAAGGCAUCUCUGCCAUCAUUGCCAGCAUUCGCUCGGCGCUCACGAAGCUCCGGAAGCUCGAGGUGCAGGUGGCCACCGAGGCCACGGAUCGAGCUGUAACGCGGACGAUAUCCGAAGACGAACCGGUGCUGAGUCGCAUUGGCCAAGCGCGUCGCCGCCUGCACCAGUCGACGCAGUAUGUCAAGACCGUGGCCGCGCGGUCGCUGAUCUUUGACGCCGAGUCGUCGGAAGACGAAGACGACGAGACGUACGACAUGCUCAAGCGGCUGAAACAGGCGUCAAAGCCAUCGCGCGUGCUCAACAUGCUCAACACGUUCCUCUACAUGACAAACUACUACAUUGUCGCGCCAACGAGUGGCAAGUACGCCGCGGAUUUGGGCGCCGACGCGUCCAUGAGUGGCGUGAUCGUGGGCAUGACGCCCGUAGCGUCGCUCGCAAGUGCUGUGCUCUACAGUUGGUGGGCCAACCGCUCGUACAAGAACUCGCUGAGCUUUGCCACCGUGUGCCUGAUCGUGGGCAAUUUGCUGUACGGCCUCGCGCUGUCGUACAACAGCGUUGCAAUGGCGCUCACCGGUCGCAUGCUCAAUGGCUUUGGCGGCGCCCGUGCCAUCAAUCGCCGCUACAUUGCGGACAACUACUCGCGCGAAGAGCGCACACAAGCGUCGGCACUGUUUGUGACGGCAAGUGCACUCGGAAUGGCGGCAGGGCCUGCGCUUGCCGCUGCACUGCACUAUUUGCCCGACUACCGGUUUGCAGGCAUUGAAGUCACGACCGAGUCUUCCCCGGGCUGGAUCAUGUUUGCGCUAUGGGGGGUGUACCUCAUUGCGCUCUUGGUGCUCUUCGAGGAACCGGACCGCAUGGAACGCGAACGCUUCUUGGAGCAGCGCCGAUUAACGCUGGAGAACGGCAAAAUCCAUGGGAACAAACUCGCAACGAGUGUCGACGUGGAAGAAGGUACGCCAUUGAUUUCGCGAUCCAUCUCGACCACAGGCACUGCUCCGACCUUGUCGUCCCUCUGGCACAACGUGCCCGUCGUGGCGUCGCUGUUCAUCUACAUUGUUCUCAAGCUGGUUCUCGAGUGCCUGAUCACGGCGAGUUCGACUAUUGCCAUGUACCACUUCAACUGGGGGUCCAGCACCAACGGCAUGUACCUGGCUGCACUGGGACUCCUGAUGUUCCCGACGAAUAUGGUCGUGGGCUGGAUGAGCUUUCGCUACGAAGACCGAGAGAUGAUGAUGCUGUCGGAAUGUGCCAUGUUUGUCGGCGUGGGCGUGAUCGUGAACUAUGGCCACUACACUGUCGCGCAGUUUGUUGCAGGCGGUGUGCUGAUUUUCAUAUCCACGAACGUGCUCGAGGGCGUGAACAUGUCGCUCUUGUCCAAGACGAUCCCAAGGGCUUUUGCCAAGGGCACGUUCAACUCGGGUUUGCUCGCCACCGAAGCUGGCACGUUUGGCCGGGCAAUCGGUGACGUUGCGAUCACCGUCGCGGGCUUGCCCGGCCUCCAGUAUGUUCUCAACUGGACGUUUGUGCCUCUCGUGGGCAUUUCUCUGGUGACGAUUCUCUACACGGGCCGCGUGUACCACAAGCUCGUCACGGACGAUUAG